CUUCUUUCCAUCCCAUCCUAUCAUUCUUCCCCUCUAUACAUCCUAUUAUUACAUACUCCCGCUGGCGAGAGUAUCAACAUGAUCUUGAACGAACUCAUCAAGUCGGGGCCUCUGGCCAAGAUCUGGCUUUCCGCUCACCAGGAACGCAAGUUGAGCAAGACUCAGGCUAUGGGCGUUGACGUUGGAGAAAGCGUUGAGGCAAUUUUAACUCAGGACGCCGCGCUUCCUCUACGAUCGUCUGGACCCCUAAUGCUCGGUGUUGUGCGAAUCUACUCACGUAAAGUUGGUUAUCUCUUUGAUGACUGUAAGGAGGCUCGAGAACGUAUCAGUUUGGCUUUCCGGCCGGGUAUCGUUGAUCUUCCCGAAGACCAAGUUAGGGCCUCCCAUAACGCGAUCACCAUCUCAUCCCGUGCCGAUUUCGACUUUAACGAUUGGACAUGGGGUCCCUCCAACUUUCUCGUCCCCCCUCAACCUUCUCAAGCCGCGGUGACCACCACCGUUCUUCCGGGUGGUCAAGCGUUUGGAGCGUUCAACUUUGGUGUCCCGCGAGCGCCUUCAAUAUACGGUGGAUCUGAGACUGCGGCAUCGAGACAUGGAUCGCAUGACGAAUUCUCAAGUCAGCUUGGUUCAAACGAAUUUUCCGGCAUCGACUUGGGAUUGAACCUUGAGGGAGAUGAGACUAUUGAAUACGGUCGUGAGGUCAUGACCCCGAUCAGUCGGGAAGGAAGUGCAUUUGCCGCGAGAGAGAGGAGUAUCAGGGCAGGAACUUUAGACUUGGCUGGUUUUGGCGGGGAGGGUAUUGGAGAUGUACUUCCGCCCAUGGCUCCGAUGGACGACUAUGAUGUCGAGAUGGCUGAGCGAAUGGAGCCGUUUGAGCCCAUGGAUUUGGGAUUGGACUUUGAGCAGGAGAUUGAGAGGGCAAGGAGAGCGACAACCGAGUUAUUAACACCUCCACCGCCCACUCCCCCACAAGAAUCCAUUAGCGACCUGACUCCUCGUACGGCCGCCCAGAUUUCUGCCCACCCCGCUCCCCCUGUCAAGGCGGCCAAGAAGCCUCGUCUUGUAAUGCCCGAUCACGAGACUGAGCUCACGCAGGAACUUUAUGACCGUGCGGCCAUCUUGGGUGCCGAGCACUUUAUCCCUGCCAACUUGGAGCUCUUGCACUUGAACGAGAUUGUGUCCGACCCUGCGUCCCACUUUUUGCCCACCCUCAAGAUUGGUGGUGAGAAUUGGACGGCUGUUGCCCCCUUGGGCCUUGCGCCCGAGCUUACCGAGCUCUUUGCCUUCCCCAGCAACGUUCUGCGCAAGGGCCGAGGACUCGAGGAAGCAGAGGAGGACCGACCUGCGAAGCGGGCACGUAGGGAGGGCGAGAUUGAGGCUGAGGCUGAGGCUGAGGCUGAGGAAGAUGUUGAGGAACAGCUGCGUCAAGCGGAAGAAGAUGUGGAGGUCGUCCGCAGACACGAAUUCGAUGUGGGCUUUAACGCUGCUGAAGAGGCCUUUGUUCCGGCGUUUGUGGGCGACGAUGGUGACUAUGGGAUCGGUAUCGGGGAUGAAAUGCCGAUGGAACCCAUGGGCGCUUCUCCACCAGCCUUUGGAAUUUCGCGUGGUCCCUCGCUCGCGCCUUCUCGCGCGGAAAGCAUUGCCCGAGAAAUCGAGUAUGGGGGUCCUGAAGGUGACUUUACGCUCGCCAUGUUUGACACUCGCUCGAGCAGGGCGGCCGAAAGUCAGCUGAGCCAGGUCCCGUCCUCGCCCAGCAGGGCCGAGUCGCAGAAAGAAGGUGCGCCUGGCAGACACACGAGUAUGGCAAUGGGACUUUUGAGGAGAGAGUUGGAGGCUAUCGAGGAGGAAGACAAGGUUGUUUCGUUUGAGAAACUGGCUGACAAGGCUACUAAGCGCGCCGCGUCCGCAUUCUUCUUUGAGCUGCUUUCUCUCGGUACGAGAGAUUGCAUCAAGCUUGAGCAGCCCGAGCCUUUCCAGGAUAUCAAGAUCCGAGGUAAGGACAAGCUCUGGCCUUUUCCUUCCCAGACAGCGUCUCAGUUGGGGUCAGAGGUGUAAAUUCGAGAAUGAGUGUUUUUCUUGCUUUUGUCGAUUAGGAAUGGCCGCGCCCAAAGGGGUUACAGCUGGUCUGUGUAAAUAGGCUGUUAUCCGAUGUCUAUAUUGUCAGAAGGGGUCGUUUCGGAAAUAAGGUUCCAUAUAUAUACAUAUACUUGUCGUCUUGUGUCACCACAUACUCUAUCCAUAGCUCGCUUACUGUAAUCGAGGACGAUUAAGACCAUGAGAUGGAUUACUCGAUGAAUUGCAGCUACAGAAGGACUACCAGAAGGAACCUGUAGGGU